CAACCCAUCUACCAUUAUAAUAUCCCUGCUGGUGUGACCGGAGUUGUUAGCAGGGUAUUUGCAAGCGACAUAGAUAUCGGAAAGAAUGCAGAGCUCUUCUACAAUAUUACUGAUGGAGAUUCGAGAUUUACAAUUGAUGAGAGUGGAUAUAUUGCGACAAAUGUGCCGUUGAAAGCUGAUGAGGUCGUAACGCUCACGAUCCAAGCGACUGAUCGAGGAUUACCUGCGCAGAUGACACAAACUCGAGUAAUCCUUACUGCUGUUGCUUUACCUCAAAGAAGUAAAGAAGCAAAAAAUCAAGCCCCUAAUUUUGGAAAGAACGAUGGCAGAAAAAUCCCCGUUUCGGAUGCUGACCAAGUUGGAUUCACCAUUGCAAAGAUUGAAGCAGUGGAUCCAGACGGGGAUCCCAUAUGGUGGAGUAUUGAGGGUGGAAAUGUGAAUGAAACAUUUGCGUUGAAACCCGACAGCGGGCUGCUUCAACUGGCUAAACCUAUUGAUAGUCUUUCUCGAAAUGUUACAUCGAUCCUCUUAACAAUUAAAAUCACUGAUGGAGAGUUGAAUGCGACCUCUGAGAUCGCUGUCGAAAUAUCACGCCUUCCCGUCACUCGACCACAAUUUUCGGCACAA